CGAACAUUAAAGCGUCGGUGCGACCGAAGUUCUAUCGGUGUUUACAGGAGGUUCAGGAUUACAUUUCCAGGAACAGCAAGAUGUUAUAAAACAACUGAAAGCUGAGACAUUAUAUCUCUGUAAAAAUGUCAAUUUUAAGAUAAGAAGAAAUUUUGAGAAUGCAGAAAGAAAGAAAUCAAAUCGAGCAGGAACAUGCAGUUGUUACUAGUCAACUGGAACUAGACAAUCGAAAGCUCCGCCAGCAGAUCGAAUUGAAAGAAAAAGAUAUUUGAGACUAAAGGAAGAAAAAGAUCGAAACGAUAAGGAACAUAAAGAUGCUAUUAGUCAACUGGAAGCACGAAAUCGAGAGCUCUAUCAAAAGUUGGAAUUGAAAGAAAGAGGAAAUAUGUGCCUGCAGAAAGAAAAUAGUAAAAAAAAGCAGGAACAUAAAGUUGUUAAAAGUCGACUGGAACAUGACAACCGAAAGCUCAGACUAAAGGUCGAAUUAAAGGAAAAAGAAACUUUGAGACUGCAGAAAGAAAAAAAUAGAAACGUCCAGUUAUUAUACCAGACACAUACAUAUGAAGUUAGUCAAUUGGAAGCAGACACACGAGAGCUCCGUAAAAAGUGUGUUUUGAAAGAAGAUUUAAGCCUGCAUGAAGAAAAUAAUCAAAACAAGCAGGAACAUAAAGAUGUUAUUAAUCAAAUUGAACUAGACAAACGAAAGCUCCGCCAAAAUCUCGAAUUGCAAGAAAAAGAAGUUUUGAGACUGAAGGAAGAAAAAGCUCGAAACAACCAGAAACUUAAAGUUGUUAUUCGUCAAUUGGAAGCACAAAUUCGAGAGCUCUGUCAUGAGGUAGAUUUGAAAGAAAAGAAAAAGUUGAGCUUACAGAAAGAAAAAUAUCAGAACAAGCAGGAACUUAAACUUGUGGUGAGCCAAAUGGAAUUAGAGAAACGGAAGUUCAAAUUGAAGAAAAAAGAAAAAAUAUAUGAGCGACUGCAGAAAGAAAAAUAUCCUAACGAACAGGUACAUGGAGAUGUUAUUAGCCAAUUUGAAGCAGACAAACGAGAACAUCGCCAAAGUGUCGAAUUGAGAGAAAAAGAAAAAAAUAAGUCUGCAGGAAAAACAAGAUCGAAACGAGCAGCGCACAGCCAUGGAAGGCGAGGACAAUGAUAAAACACAUUCCAGCUCAAUAAGAAAAUUCGUCGAUAAGAUAAAGGAACAUGCGGAGGACAUUGAGGAAAUUACCAGAAGAAUUGAAGCUUAUAAUUCAGGGGACAGUCUACAGGUCGUAUCGAUGAAAGACAGUGUGAGCCUUAAGGUAGUGAUUGAUCAUAGCGGUGAGGUUAGAAAUUAUAAUUUCAGGUAUUCGCUUAUUUGGUUCAUCUGUUGUUAGGAUAACUUAAUAACAGCUUUGG